AAACUGAAAAUAUAGGUUUUGCUAUUUCUUCCUUAAAAUGGGCUUAUCUAUAAUAAAAUGUAGAAAAGGCAGCUGUUACUACUGUCUUCUUCCCUUCCCUGGCCAUUUCGUUGUUGAUACAGAUAUUCUCAAGUGAAGAGUGAACUGAAGACACAGUUCUCUUGUUGGACAUGCUUAUGAUUUUCUCAUCUGAGCUGAGCUGAGCUGAGCUGAGGUGAAGGUUCAUCCAUCAUCCAUGGCUUCUUUCUCUGGUCUCUCUCUCAAGUGCUGUCCUUGGUCUCUUCCUCACUCUCUCAAUCUCAACCACCGCUCCUCCUUCAACUUAACUCCCAAUUCUUUCUCUCAGUCUCAACAACAUCAACCCCUCCCUCCUGAUUUCACCUCCAAGCAGCUUCUCGACACCCUUCGUCGCCAGAAUGACGAGUCCUCCGCCCUUCGAAUUUUCGACUGGGCCUCCAAGCAGCCUAAUUUCUCACCCACUACCUCCAUCUACCACGAGCUUCUUCGCAAGCUUGCAAAGGUUGGUUCUUUCGACUCCAUGACCAAUCUCCUUCUCGAUAUGAAGAACAACCACCGCACCUCUUGCCCACUCGAUAAAGCCACCUUCUUGAUUUUCAUCGAGAGCUAUGCCCACUUCGAGUUUUACGAUGAAAUCUUGGGUCUUAUCUCGCUCAUGGAGGAUGAGUUUGGGGUCAAACCAGAUACCCAUUUUUAUAAUUCUCUGUUGAAUCUUCUUGUGGAGGCAAACAAGCUCAAACUUGUUGAAACUGCUCAUUCUGGUAUGGUUAGUAGAAAGAUUAAGCCAGAUGUUUCCACUUUUAAUGUCUUGAUUAAGGCUCUUUGUAAGGCUCAUCAGAUUAGGCCUGCCAUUCUGAUGAUGGAGGAGAUGCCCAGUUAUGGUCUUUCUCCUGAUGAGAUCACAUUCACUACCAUUAUGCAGGGUUACAUUGAAGAAGGUGAUAUGAGAGCUGCUUUAAGAAUCAAGGACCAAAUGCUUGAGUCUGGCUGUUCUUGUACUAAUGUCACUGUCAAUGUCUUGAUCAAUGGUUUUUGCAAAGAGGGUAGGAUUGAUGAAGCUCUGAGUUUCAUUCAGGAGAUGGCCAAGAGGAGAGGCUUCCAACCUGAUCACUUUACUUUCAAUACUUUGGUGAAUGGUUUAUGCAGGUCUGGCCAUGUUAAGCAAGCCCUGGAGAUCAUGGAUGUGAUGCUUCAGGAGGGUUUUGAUCCUGAUGUUUAUACAUACAAUUCCUUGAUAUCUGGGCUAUGCAAAUUGGGUGAGGUUGAUGAGGCUGUGGAAGUUCUCAAUCAAAUGGUUUCAAGGGAUUGUUUCCCCAACACUGUCACUUAUAACACUUUGAUUAGUGCCUUGUGUAAGGAGAACAAGGUCAAAGAGGCAACUGAGCUUGCUUUUGCUCUUACUACCAAAGGGAUUUUACCUGAUGCUUGCACCUUCAACUCUCUUAUUCAAGGCCUCUGCUUGACCGGGAAACACGACCUCGCAAUGGAACUGUUUGAGGAGAUGAAGGAGAAAGGUUGCCAGCCUGAUGAGUUUACUUACAAUAUGUUGAUUGACAGCCAUUGUUCUAAAGGGAAAAUUAAGGAAGCUUUGAACUUGCUUAAGGAAAUGGAAUCAAGUGAUUGUGCUAGAAAUGUUGUUAUAUACAAUACUUUGAUUGAUGGGCUUUGCAAAAACAAAAGGAUAGAAGAAGCUGAGGAGAUAUUUGAUGACAUGGAAAUUCAAGGGAUUUCAAGAGAUGCAGUGACAUACAACACUCUCAUUGAUGGGCUUUGUCAGAACAGGAGAGUGGAAGAUGCAUCUCAGUUAAUGGAUCAGAUGAUAAUGGAAGGUUUAGUCCCUGACAAGUUCACUUACAAUUCACUUCUCACAUAUUUUUGCAGGAAUGGAGAUAUCAAAAAAGCUGCAGACAUUGUUCAAAACAUGACUUCAAAUGGCUGUGAACCAGACAUUGUCACUUAUGGGACACUUAUUGGGGGUUUGUGUAAAGCUGGUAGAGUUGAGGUAGCAAGUAGACUCCUUAGAACUAUUCAGAUGAAGGGUAUGGUUCUAACUCCACAGGCUUACAACCCUGUAAUACAAGCAUUGUUUAGAAGGAAGAGAGUGAAAGAAGCCAUGAGAUUCUUCAGGGAAAUGAUGGAAAAAGGCGAUCCCCCGGAUGCUAUAUCGUACAAGAUUGUGUUUCGGGGUCUUUGUAAUGGCGGAGGACCAAUUGGUGAAGCUGUUGAUUUUGUGAUUGAGAUGACAGAUAGAGGAUUCAUACCUGAGUUGUCAUCGUUUGUUUUGCUUGCUGAUGGACUUUGUGCUUUGUCUAUGGAAGAUACCUUAGUUAAGCUUGUGGAUAUAGUGAUGGAGAAAGCAAAGCUGUCUGAGAUUGAAGUUGGUAUGAUUAGAGGGUUCCUUAACAUACGUAAAUUUCAUGAUGCAUUGGCCACUCUUGGUGGUAUCUUGGAUAGCAGGAAGCCUAACAAUAGCAAAGGUUAUCGGUAUAGAUUAAGGUGAACUCAACUCAAGUGUGCUUGUGCUUGUGUUCUGUUAUGUAUUAUUAUUAUUAUUAUUAUUAUCCAAUUCCAAUGUGGAUGUUGUAUUUUCUAGGACAUUAAAUUAAAUUGUCAAAGUUUAUAGUUGAAAUCCAAAAAAGGGGAGAGGUACAAUCUCAUGUCCCAUAGCUUAUUUAUUUAUUUUUUAAUUUUCAAUCUUGAAUGAACUUACUUAACUAUUACAUUGAGAAUUGAGUAGGAAAAAAAGAGGAAUGAAAGAAACUACCUGUUAUAUUA